AUGGCCGAUAAUCUACUCCUUCGCAUCGUUAAUGAGGAAUGUCCGUUCUCCUCAGUUCCUAUGCAACCAGAUCACCACGAAGCAAGCGCCAUGCUGGGUCUGCAGUCGCUGCGCUCCAUCAUCCUGGCAUCAUCCUUCUCCCGUUUAAUUCUACCGAAGUGUUUUGGACCUAAUUCCAGGUUGAUCAAUGAUCACAAAAGUACCCCCUCUUCCAUCGUUGUGAAGGGACUAGUCUUCUCGCGAGAUUCAACUAUUCUUGGAUCCCCGUAUCUUUUUCCGCUUUUCUGUCACGUACCUUUGGCUAGUUUUGUCAAUGUCCUCCACAUGGGUGCAUGUUCGUCUCGGGAUUCAGUCCACGAACCGCGUCAACUAGGGGCGAAAGAACGGAAUAUGGCCUGGGUCGUUUCAAACAGGAAACCACUCCAGGUCAAGCUCUGGGCAUCGAAUGUUUGCGCAAAGCGGAAUUUCGGGACGCGCUUUGAUCUACAGCCGAAACGAAUGCCUCGACCCUGCGCAAUCGCCGCUUCCCUAUAUUUGUCCAUUACGAAUAACUCAAGCCCCGUAUACCUAGACAUGCGCCGGUGCUAUAUGUACUUGCCGGCCUUGCUACCGAAGGGCACUGACGGCCUGAUCUUGCGGCUUGUCGCCGAAAGUAUCUCAGACCUCCGAGCCCACUACAAGAAAGAAACAUGUGGUACUACAUCCCUACAUUUCGUUGACUGA